AUGGUCAGGCGCAGUGAUUCGGGCUUGAUGCCCGACGCCAAGUCCAAGCCAAGGCACAGCAAGUCUUCAUCAUCCUCCUCCUCACCCCCCAUCUCCCCCUCGACUUCCCUCUCCCUUUCCAACUCGCUCUCCCACACCGCAUCCUCGCUGGCAACUCUCGCAUCCGGCACCGUGACUGCAGAAGCGAAGCCCGAUGGUCGCACCAGACUGUCCAUGCUCCAACUCUUCGUCUCUGUGCUCUUUCGCCUCGCCGUUUUCAUAUUCUUGCGAUGGAUCCCUACCGGUCUGGCCUCGCCCACGGUGCCCAUACUGUACGGAGCCUACGUGCUGCUCUGGCUGCUGCAAGCUUGGCGCAGCUGGAGCAGGUACUCGACCUCUCCAAAUGGUCGCUCGAUGAAUGGCGUCAAGCAUGCAUCCUUCUCAGCUCGACAGCUGUGGAGACCCUUGGUGCUGGGCAUCAGCUCCCCUCGGGAUGGACGAGGGGCUCGCAGCGCGCUUGCGCUGGCUGCACACACUCUGCUCUUCCUCUUCUUUGUCGACGCAUUCUAUUCGCCUUAUCUCUUUCCCUCUCACCUCGAGCAUCACUUGCAUUUUGCCCGCACUGGAGCGAUCGACUCGACGAGCGCUACUUUGCACUUCAGAUACCCUUUCCCAUUCGGACACCAAGACCCGCUGAGCGACAUCAAAACCACACUGGAUGAUACUGUUCCAUGGCUGGGUGGCACGCAAGGCGACCACGAACCCAUUGACACCCUCGGCCUGACUACUCCUCUGCGAGUCGUAUAUCGCGAAUCUGUCUCUCUGCCGAGUCUGGUUGAAUACACCAAGGACUACACGGGUGCGAUGCGACGAAAUGCGGGAAUCAAAGCGUGGCAGAGAGGACCGCUACUAUCCAUCUCCCCAAAGACGGACUGGGUAGAUACCGUGAUGCUCUCCUCUUUGCUGCCAUCUACAAGGUACGAGUACCGCUUAAUCUGGGCGCACAACAAUAGCUUCGCGCCGUUUCCAGAGAUGAGCAGGAGCUUCAUCACAUGGCCCAACGGGAACGAUCCCUUUUUGAGCCCGGCUGCUAGCAAGGGAGUGCCCGUCUCGAAACGAGCAAGAGAGGAAGCGAGGAGCAUGUUGGCGCCGUGGAGAGAGGGUGAUGCCGCGCCUUGGGACGAUCCAGAGCAGUGAGUAGUUGGCUAAGGCUACCGACAAGUCAUGCGUCACGCAAAGCAGCGGUGCGGUACGGUGCUAAAGCGAGAUUGCAAGCUUGCGCUGGAGAUUGAUGUGCCACGUGCGAUGCAGCCUCACUCGUGGCUCGCGUAAUUGGCUCUGACGUGCACUCUGCGACCUGCUCCGCAGCUUCUCCUUUGCAUCGUCUUCCUGCGUCAAGCCAGACUUUCCUUGGGUCCCGACGCAGUUCUGGGCUUGGUCAUGGACGUUGAGGAUCAUCGGAAUUGGCAGUGAGCAAGGAGGGUUCGCUUUGCGGAAUAGGAUUCCCGGCUUCGACCUCUUCGCCAAGACGAACAUCGAUGGACUUGAUCGGCCGCGAGUGAGGUUCAUGCUGCAACUUGGGUGAGUUUCGCGCGCUCUUCGUGUGCACUCAAUCAGUACUGAAUCGUUGGAUCGAACAUGCAGCGAUCUCAUCUACGCCGAUGUUCCUCGGUGGGGUGGUCCCGUUCUCGACGCGUACAGAAAAUUGUACCGCAAUCUCUACGACUCGGAAUCCUUCCGUCGUGUGUAUGAGCGCAUCCCGGUCAUUGGUAUCUAUGACGAUCACGAGGUCAAGAACAACUGGUCAGGAUUGCAGCUGCUCAAGACGUUUAGCAAGCGCUACGAUACGGAGCGAGCAGAGAUCGUCCAGGAUCAUGUUCAGAUUCCGUCUGUUGUGGGACACGAUGCUGGUGACGAAGCUAUGCCGGCGCAGUCAGCAACCAACAUCGAGGAGGUUGAUGUGCACGUCUUGGCAGAGGCUCCAGCGUUCGAGCCAGCGAACAAAGCCUGGAGAGAGUACGUCGGUGGUGCGAACCCAAAGGCAGCGGCCGAAGAGGAGAAUUACUACGAGUUUAGGUACGGGAGCACGGCAUUCUUCGUUUGGGACACUCGGAAAUUCAGGAGUCCGCACGAGCUGCCUGACGACGCUAGCAAGACCAUGCUAGGCUCAAAGCAGAAGCAGGUGUUCCUGGACUGGAUCAAGAGUGUGAAUGCUACGAGCAGCUUCAAGGUGAGUGUGUGCGCUACGCGCACAAGCAUCAGUAGCGAGGCUUACUAUGCUAUGCUGAACGGCCGCGUGUCUUGACAGUUUGUGGUCUCAUCUGUACCCUUCAACACGCUCUGGGGCGGUGCGCUGGACUGGGACGGGAAAGAAGACUCUUGGAACGCAUAUCGGACCGAGCGAGAAGAGCUGCUGGAAGUUUUGCAGGUGAAUAGAAGGAUGCGUCUCCUUACCCCUCUCCAAAUACUCGCUGACCUCGCCUUCUCCCCUCCCAACAGUAUGUUCCGAACGUGAUCGUCAUUAGCGGUGACAGGCACGAAUUUGCGUCUGUCGGGCUCAAGACGGCGACCUAUCCCAAGGACGACUAUCCUGUGACCGAGUUCAGCACCAGCCCGCUCUCGAUGUUCUGUGAGUGUGCUCGCGAUUGCGGCAUCUCUGGCAGCAUUUGAUCAAGCCUCGGGCACGAUUCGGGGAGUUCCGCGUGCUUCUUGAAGUGCAACUGUACCUGAUCGUGCUCGAAGAGGCAAAGUCUGCGUUUCAAAUGAUCCACAAUUGCUGACGCAUGGUGAAACGGCCAUCACCUUCUCCAUCUCGUCGCAGACUUGCCGAUCAGAACAUUCUCACAGGAUCACGGUCUGGGCCCCACUGGUGUGGAAAAGGUGUACAAGUAUCUGCCAGACGGGAACGUGAAGUGGACCGAGGUGCGCAUGGCAGGCCUUCAUGGGGCUUCAUUGAAGAAGCCAUCUCGUCAGCACUAACGCAGAUCCAUCACUCGCAUGCUUUCACAGUUUGAAGUUGACACCAGGGAUCCUGCCGCGCCGAAAGUGAUUGCCACUGUCAAGAUUGAUGGAAAGGAGGCGUGGAGAGUGGUUGUGGUAGGCAAAGGUGUCCUUACAAGACCGACGUACGCCAUUGGAGACAUUGCGAAGAGCUUCUUGGAGCUUCUCAACUUCACACCUCGACGAUGGUUCACUUGA